GUAUUUCGCCCGAUUUUCAGGGGCCUCUUGGACACCGCCGUUGCCGCCUUCUUCUUUUGUUGCACCACCAUUUCCGAAACUCAGUGGCGUAUUAUCGCCCAGUACUAGUCUUGCUCAGGCUGACCUGUAUAUUUCUAGUGGACUCUGUCAACUUUCUGGAAAGUUCCACUUACGCCACCUGUCUUUUACCGCGACACGCUUCUAUAUCAAUUAGUAUCUAUUCUACGGCACUUCCAAUUAAUGCCUUUAGAGAAUGGAACGCUGAGUCAAGGGACCAACCGCCUCGGUGAAAAGCUCGAAACUUCGAGUACUGGGAUAUUCCCUCGACAUGUCCAGGGAGAAGUCUUAGGGCCCAUUCCGGAGAGUGGCGUCGUGCGUGACCUCGAUGAUAAUGCUGCCCCUCCUUCAUUCGCACAAAGCGAGUUUCAAACCAUAGUUCGAAGGCAACGCCACGGAAACGAUCCUGACGGUCUCAAAAUUCGGCAUCAUCCUUCUCGCUCGCCGCACUUGAACAACGACUGGGAGUUCGCUGGAUGGGGUUCAAUGAGCUAUCUUGACGUGUCUCUACCGUCUGCAGAGACUCUCAAACGGCCGCACAAAUACUUUGGACAGCUCAAGGCGACGUCUGUAGCUGGCAACGGUCUAGCUGGUGGUGUAUUCUACACUUUUCCGGCAGUUAUAGCAGUCGCAGGUACCUAUGCCCCGAUAUGUCUGGUCUUUGCGGCCUCUCUUUUGUUAUUUCUCCGUCCUCUACUGCUCGAGCUCGCCUCUGCUGUUCGCCUGAACGGAGCGAAUUACAUCUACCUCCUGCAAUUCUCCGGGAAGACGUUCUCUAUCAUUGGAGCGACAGCUACUCUCCUCGAUGCAAUCGCAACGGCCACAGUAUCGUCAGCCACAGCAAGCACAUACCUCUACGAUGAAUUUACCUCCUUCCCACUGUCUACCGGCGUUCUCACUAUCAUUUUUCUGGUGGUAAUAGGCGUGGUUGUUGGCGUUGGCGGAAAGGAGAGCGCAGUCGUUAGCGCCUCCGUGUUUGUCUUUCAUCUUGCUACUAUGGCCGCGCUCAUUCUCGCCAGUAUCGUUCAUUGGGCACGCAUGGAUCCAAAUUCGUCAGUUCUGCGGGAGAAUUGGGCCUUGCGGCCUGAGGGUGUCAUUAAUACACUCAAGGCUCUUUUCUAUGGCACUUGCGUCGCUUUCCUCGGCGUCACUGGCUUCGAAUGUACUCCCACUUAUAUUGAACACAUGCAACCGAAGACCUACGCCUCUGUCCUUCGUAAUCUUAUCAUCAUAGCGGCCAGUCUAGGUGGCACGCUUUGUCUUCUCUGUUUUGCGGUCUUACCAUACAGCGACGUAACGGGAGGAAACGUCCUUUCAUUACUCGGAGAGACGAUUGCGGGUGGGAGGUGGAUGAGAAUCUGGGUGGUCAUUGAUGCGGUCUGUGUGCUAAUGGGAGGAGUAUUGGCUGGUUUCGUCACCUGUGGGGGACUAAUUGAUCGACUGGCCAGGGAUUGUGUACUGCCACAAGUCUUCCUGGCCACAACACCCCUCACGAAUGGCGCAUACGUCGCGACUGCAUUCUCCGUCUUGUUGGCAAUCUUACUAUGGCUUGCUUCGGGUAUGAACGUGAAUACUGCCUCUGGCAUGUUUUCUGUAGCGUUCUUGUUUGUAAUGCUCCUUUUUGCCACCUCAAACUUCGUCCUCAAGUAUAAUCGCCCUACUCUCCCUCGAACGUACCGCGCGGGAUUAUGGGCCCUCACGGGCGCUCUUCUCUCCCUUUCUAUAACUUGGGCAGGGAACAUUGCCUUGGCUCCCUCGACCCUCAAGCUAUUCGCACCGUCAUUUAUCCUCAUCGGUCUCGCCUUCUUCGUCUUAGGCUCUCAACCCCGAAUCGCCCGCCUAGCCCUUCGAUUCUUCGAGCCGUCUCCCCGCGGUAGCUGGAAGAUAACGAGGCUGCUUAAUCGGUACCUUGUGAAAUGGUACAAACGGACGCGCGAUGCAAAAGUUUGCGUCUGGAUCAAACAUGACGAUAUUCAUAUGAUGCUACGGGCCCUCCUAUCCGUCCAAGCCAAUACUCCAGAGGCCUGUACCGUCGUGUUCGUACAUGCGUACCCCACCGCUGAAGAUAUCCCGACUGAACUGGAGCCGAAUACGAGGAUAUUGGACGAGGCGUUUCCUAUGGUCACGAUUGACUUGGCAUUCGUCAAGGGGACGUUCUCUCCAUGCCUCGUUCACGCCGCUUCUGAAGCACUCGAUGUCCCUACGAGCAGAAUGUGCGUACUUCGUCUCGGGAGCGAACAUAUGUGGGCUUUGGGCGAUUACGACGGCGUGAGGGUUAUGGGAUGAAGCAUUUCACUUUCGCAGAUUAUGUAGCAUAAGUUCAUGGUUUGGUAGAGAUGGUUAAGUUUGAAGUAGUUGUUGUGCGGAUGUGAUACCCCGGAACGAGUAGUAUCCCCGCUUGUGUAGGAUAGUUUACGAUUACGGUUACGAUUAUGAUCAGUGAUGAUUUUAUGGGUUACAUGGUUUCCUUUUAGCGCACACUUGUAGAUUACGAGCCUACUUAAUGUAGCCUUCAUCUCCA